AGAUUUUGCGACAGUCGCAAAACGACUACCAUAGCGUCCGCCAUGUUUUGCAAGAAUCAUUACGUCGACUGCGAGAAAUUCGACAAAUAAGAGGAAGUCUGGAUGGAAAAUAAGUACCAGCCAUGUUCAUUGUUACUCUUUAAUGAUACCUCAGAGAGACGUUUCUCCCAUGGAGAACAGAGCGGCGGUGUACGACUUGGCCAGGGAGGGGAAACUGGCCGUGCUGCGGGCUCUACUCGACCAGCAAAGUCCAGAGAUAAGAUCCGCACUUCUGAAUGCGACCACGGAAGGCUCGACUCCCCUCAUCGCAGCCGCACGAUACGGUCACCUUGAUGUCGUGAACUACCUCAUUGAGGACUGCUGCGCGGACGUGGAGCAGGGAGGAUCCGUUACGUUUGACGGAGAGACCAUAGAAGGUGCCCCGCCCCUGUGGUGCUCGUCAGCCGCCGGCCAUCUUAACAUCGUCAAGUCUCUGAUACAACACGGUGCCUCCGUCAACAACACGACUCUCACCAACUCCACCCCGCUACGAGCUGCGUGCUUCGACGGACAUUUUGAAAUUGUUAAGUACCUUGUUGAGCACCACGCCGACCUUGAGAUAUCCAAUCGUCAUGGUCACACCUGCCUCAUGAUCGCCUGCUACAAAGGACACAGGGACAUCGUAGAGUAUCUAUUGAAACUUGGCGCAGAUGUAAACAGGAAAAGUAUUAAGGGUAAUACAGCCCUGCAUGACUGUGCCGAGUCAGGAAGUCUGGAGAUCAUGAAAUUGUUGCUCAAGUACAAGGCCAAGAUGGCCAAGGACUCGUAUGGCAUGACACCGCUCAUGGCAGCGAGCGUCACCGGACACACCAACAUUGUCCACUACCUGAUAGCGAGACACGAGUGUUCUCGGAAGGAAAGGAUUGACGCGCUUGAACUCUUAGGUGCAACAUUUGUAGAUAAGAAACGGGACUUGCCAGGGGCAUUAGAGUACUGGAGAAUGUCCAUGGAUGAACGUUUUGCCAAUAGGUGGGAUAUCAUAACUAAACCGCCAUCCAAGAUGGUGACGGCGUACGACAAUGUGGUGGAGGUUCAGACGUUCAGAGAACUGGAAGAGCUAAUGGCCGAUCCGGACGAGAUGAGGAUGCAGGCCCUGCUGAUCCGGGAGAGAAUCCUUGGACCCUCUCAUCCCGACACAUCGUACUACAUCCGGUACCGCGGUGCCGUGUACGCAGACGCCGGCAACUUCGACCGAUGCAUCGUUCUGUGGACGUAUGCCUUGGACAUGCAGCAGUCUAAUCUAGAAGCCCUCAACCCCAUGACUCAGAGUAGCCUUCUGUCCUUUGCUGAACUCUUCUCCUACAUGUUGCAAGAGCCUCCUCCCAACAGUUACAACACCAGGAAGCUGACCUUUCUAGACACCUUAACUGUUUUUGCCAAAGCUGUAGCAGAGGUGGAAAAAGGGAUGCUCCACUACAUGGCAACCCCCCUUCAAGAAAAAGACAUCACACACCUAAACAGGGCCAUUCUGAUCAUCAUGCACUUGAUAUGUCUCCUCACCAAGGUCAAGUGUACUGUGAGGGAAGACUUCCUGAAAAGGCAGGCGGUGUAUCGAUUCUUGCACCUAAAACCGCGGGGUGCGAAAGGUAUGACUCCGCUGCAUUUCGCAGUGGACGAAGCCACUACAACUGUGGGGAGAUAUCCAGUAUGCAAGUUUCCGUCUCUAGAAGCUGUUAAGAUACUUAUCGAGUGCGGAGCGUGCCUGAAUGCGGUGGACGUAGAAAACAACACUGCGCUUCACAUAGCAGCGCAAAAUAAUGAGACUGACAUCAUGAAAGAGCUCCUCAGAGCGGGGUUGCACUUCGACGCCUGCAAUCUGGAAGGCAAGACUGCCUUUGAUUUGCUCCCGAAAAAAUCUGUGGAGAAUUCCAUCAAUCCCCUGAACUACACUUCCUUGCAAUGUCUGGCUGCACGAGCAAUCAAGAGGUUCCAGAUGGAAUACAAAGGAGUUGUACCGGCAAGACUGGAAAGCUUUGUGGCAAUGCAUUAAUCAUGAACUUGUUGCAUAGAACUGUUUUGUAAAUUGCAGGUGUGAAGUUGGACAGUGAAUUGUAGGUGUUCAGCUGCAUCAUUUUGAAUAGCAAUCUUUCAUGUAUCAAUACUUCUGUGUAAAGUUUACAAGUAUACUUGAAUUACCUUUCACAAUCAAUUGGCAAACUUUGUUUACACAUAAUAUGGAUGUUUAAGGAAUGGGUAUUGUUUCUGGAUAUUUGUAAGUUGAGGGUAGUUCGCACAAUAUUUGUGCUACCACCCUAGUCCUGACACAUUUUUGCCUGUUUUGAUGAAAAGAACAAAACAUUUUCUUGCUUUUAAAAUAAAAACAGAUUUAGAAGCAGAUCCAAACUUAUUCAAGAUUAAUUUUAUUGCAGUGAUUUUUGUUGUCUGCUAGAUAUUAAUUGUAUGUUAUCCAUAUACAUUUUGGAUAAAUGUCAAGUAAUAAGACUACAGUGCUACUAAGAAUGGAUUACAAUUAUCCUAUGCUUAUAACACCUUUGACUUAUCCUCAGGUUAGUAAAAGACUCUGCCCUGAUUCUGAAUGGUAAAUAUUUUGGAGGGAAAGGCUUUAUUUUCCAAAGUUUGCCAAAAUAUGUUGUCUCAGACAAAUAGUACAAUUUUAUGCUUGAAAAGGCAAACGAUAAAUGGUGACAAAGGAAUGUUGUACCAAUGGACAAUCCCAUUUACAUGUAUGUAACCUUCAAUCCAUCGUUGCAAUAUAAUCGAAUCUAUCUGUCGGAAACAGCAGUUUAAAAUGUAUUGUCAAAAUAAUUGCAUACUUAUUAAAACCAGUUGACCUUACUUACAGCCUAUUUGUAAAGAAGCUACUGCCUGUGCUCGCAUGUGGAUAUCAUCAAAUGUGAAUAGAACUAUGUUCAUAAUCUAUUUGCAGGUUUAGCUGUAUAUGGAUUUUUUUAAACAAUAUUAUGACAGUAUUCUUUUUCAUAACACCAGCUAUUGUGACCAUUAUGUGGUGACUUAACUGUGUCUGAAUUUACAAGCUUAUAGGUGAUGAUAAAAAAUGGUUUGUGGAUGACG